GAGUGUUAUUGUUAUUGUUGUUGUUGUGUUACGAUUCUUCUUCCUUUUUAAAAUUAAAAAAAAAAAAGGUUUUUUAAAAUGUCUGUUUCGGAUUUUUUAUUUUGAUUUUCUCUAUUAUUAUUAUUGGCGUUGUUUGUUGCUAUUAAUUAAAUUCUGGUGCUAAAUUGAGAGAACUGUGGGUGUGUGUGUGACAGAGAGAGAGAGAGAGAGAGAAGAAAGAGGAAUCAGGUUAGCUCCUUUGAAUUUUCUAUCAGAAUCUGAGGACCCAAAAUCUAGGGUUUUCUGUUCUUCCUUGGGGAUCUGAAGGCAUGCAGUCCAAGUCUGAAACUGCAAAUAGACUGAGGUCAGAUCCUCAUACCUUUCAGUCUGGUGGUGUUUAUUCUGAGCCUUGGUGGCGUGGUAUUGGGUACAAUCCCUUGGCCCAAACAAUGGCUGGGGCAAAUGCGUCCAAUUCGUCGUCUCUUGAAUGUCCUAAUGGUGAUUCAGAAUCCAAUGAAGAAGGCCAGUCAUUGUCCAAUAGUGGAAUGAAUGAGGAAGAUGAUGAUGCCACUAAGGAUUCACAGCCUGCUGCUCCUAAUGAACCAGGAAAUUAUGGGCAAGAACAGCAAGGGAUGCAGCACACAGCAUCAUCUGCACCUUCCAUGCGCGAAGAAUGCCUUACACAGGCGCCACAGCUGGAACUUGUUGGUCAUUCAAUUGCAUGUGCUACAAAUCCUUAUCAGGAUCCGUAUUAUGGGGGCAUGAUGGCAGCUUAUGGUCACCAACAGAUGGGAUAUGCUCCUUUUAUAGGAAUGCCUCAUGCCAGAAUGCCUUUGCCGCUUGAGAUGGCUCAAGAGCCUGUGUAUGUUAAUGCCAAACAGUACCAAGGAAUUCUGAGGAGAAGACAGGCUCGUGCUAAAGCAGAGCUUGAAAAGAAGCUAAUAAAAUCUAGAAAGCCAUAUCUGCAUGAAUCUCGGCAUCAGCAUGCUAUGAGAAGGGCAAGGGGUACUGGAGGACGAUUUGCAAAGAAAACUGAUGCUGAUGGCUCAAACAACUCGGGCAAGGAAAAGGAUAAUGGUACUGAUUCUGUCCUCUCAUCACAAUCAAUUAGUUCAUCUGGUUCUGAACCUUUGCAUUCUGACUCUGCCGAAACCUGGAAUUCUCCUAACAUGCAACAAGAUGCAAGAGCAUCAAAAGUGCACAACAGGUUUGGAGCUCCCAGUUACCAAAAUGUCAGUGGCUCCUACCAUAACCACAACGGUUUGCAAUCUUCAGCAUAUCAUUCUUCCUCAGGGGAAAGAAUGGAGGAAAGGGCAUGUUCAGGUCAGCAACUGAACCACAAUUGAUGGGGGAUUAGAGGCCGAGGUUGGUUUGUAUCUCCUAGUGACAUAUUUGGUGAUACCUUGGUUAUCUGUAAACAUUCUUGGCAAUAUAUGUGCCAAGCGGCAAAUCAUUCUUGGCUUUGUUCUUGUGGUUGUGGUGUGAAUGAUAGAUAUUAUGGUGGGGGGAAAAGAAUGAUUGAUGAUUGGUGUUUGUGAUUUCUGUUGAAGUCAGUCAACCACUCCUUCAUUCUCUUCUCAUUUUUGCAUUUUGUACAGUUUUAUAGUGGUUAGUCAACUCCAACCAACAUGGAUGGAUGAACAGGUCUGAAGACUAUGGAGAAAGAGACAAACUCUUGAUGUACCAACACUCUCCUUUGACUGGUUUAUCUUGUGUAGUUCAACCGGUUGUUAAUGUUAACAUGGGACAUCAUAGGAUAAUGAACAUGCUGUUAGUUACAUUAUAUGUCAUUUGUUGGUUUUUAUUUAUUUAUGAGAAUUGACCCCGGUAUCAAGAA